AUGAAUAAUUAUACGGAGAAAAUUGAGAUCCUGGAGGAACGAGGUGCGACGACAGGAAACGAUAAUUGUCUAGCGUCGCAGAAUCAGAAAAUUACGACCAGUUAUCCGUCCGACAUGAUUACGAGACACGAGGAACUCAUGGGAAAGAACAUUUCCGAAAAGGAGGUGCUACGUGUUUGUCAAGCUUUGUUAUUGUCCACCUGCGUUCUGUUGUUGAGUUAUCACAGCGUCCUCCAUGGUCGACGUGAGUUCAGUGUCCUGGAAAAUGGUCGGAUCGUUCAGGGGUAUAAGCACAGGGCUGUGAUCACAUUGAGUCUUGGUUAUUCGACACCAUAUUCUUUGGUGUCUUUCUUGGCGACCGGAAUGCUCGCUUAUUCCCUCGUGUCGAAAAAACCAAGAUGGAGCCUUCCAUCGAUAGUCCUCUACCUGGCCGAUGUGGUGCACGAUAUCAGUGGAGCUGUCGUAGCGAUUUGGCUGUUUUUCAACAAGUUUCCAGUACCGUUAGCCACGUCAUACGCGGCAGCAUCGAUACUCUUGAUACUCAGUGAAAUCUGGAUAUGGUUGGGCGUCCUCCGGCUCUACGAGCAGAGAACAUUUAAAUAA